AUGCAGGCGUUAGAGGCCUGCGGGAGGGCGUCGGUGCUUGUCCGCUUUGCGCUGGGAGCCUCUGGCGCCAGAAUGGACCGGAGGAAAAAGCCUUUGGACGUUACUGCCUCCUCGUUGGUAGACCUUAAGGCUGAACUCUUCCGAAAACAAGAAGAAUUCAAACAAGAAAAACUUCUAAAAGAUUCUGGAGUUUUGGGAAAACCAAAAACAACUAAUAAGAAACCAAGUAUCUGGAGCAAACAGAAUGUAGGAGUUACAAAUAGAGCUGAGAAGGAUGCAGAACAGAAGAUUGAGGAACAGAAGACUUUAGACAAAGCAAGGGAGAAAUUAGAAGAAAAAGCCAAAUUAUAUGAAAAAAUGACUAAAGGAGACUUUAUAGAUGAAGAAGCGGAGGAUAUGUACCUUGUGGAUUUCACACAGAAGAUCAUAGACAAACACAAAGAGAUGGAGGUGUUUGGUGCCAACAGAGAUUGUAGGAAGGCAGGAGAAAGAGACGAUGAUGAAGAAAAUCUUUCUGAAAAAGAUAUACCUCCUCCCCAGGACCCCGGUGAAGAAUGGGUGGAUUAUGUGGAUUCUUUAGGGCGAUCUCGCCGCUGUAUGAAAAAGGAUUUGCCGGAUCUGCUGGAGAUGGAUAAAAAUCUUCAGGGGAGGCUUUUCGUUAGUCCUGCUAAUGAGAAAACCUUAUUAUCUGAAGAUAUGAGAAAAGAACUUCAGCGCCAGCAAUGGGAGGAAGAAGAAAGAGAGGCCUUGAAAAGGCCGAUGGGGCCCAUACAUUAUGAAGACAUUCGUGAAAAUGAGGCCCGGCAACUUGGUGUUGGAUAUUUUGCCUUUGCCCGAGAUAAAGAGUUGAGAAACAAGCAGAUGAAAACGUUAGAGAUGCUACGUGAACAGACAACAGAUCAGAGAACAAAACGAGAGAACAUAAAGGAAAAGCGAAAGGCUAUGUUAGAAGCAAGGCUUGCUAAACUCCGACAAAAAAAGAUGAAAAAGUCAAAAGAAGAUGGAGCAGAGGAAGAAAACAAAGAUGUUAUUGGGCCUUUGCCACCAGAACCAGAGGCUGUGCCAACCCCACGUACUGUUGCCCAGAGUAGCAAAGUGGAAGUCAUCGUUCAGGAGAGGAAGGAUACCCGCCCGGGAGUGCCGCAUGUCCGAGAGUGGGACAGAGGAAAAGAGUUUUCCUUUGGGUUCUGGUCGAAGAGGCAGUCAGAUCUCCGGGCUGAGAGAGAUCCUGAGUUUGCCCCACCAUCGGAUUACUUUGUGAGUCAAAAGAGAACUGCUUCCCUCAGUAGCGAGACGUGGAGCAGAGCUGCAGCUGCACGGAGCGACCCAGGACAGUGCUCUGGCCAGAGUCGUGACACUGGCUCUUCACAUCCAUCAUCCACUCCUGCCCCCAGCAGCCCACCACGAGCCCCGACAGUCACUUUUGAAACUCUGGACGAUAUGAUAUCAUAUUACAAACAAGUGACAUGAACUUCCAAACCGUUCUGAUUUGGGUCUCUACUGUGGAUAGUGCCUUCUUCUCCUAAAUUGGGGAAGAUAAUUUAAUUUUAGGGACUGAAUUGUACCUGUUUCCUCCCGUCCUUUCCCUGGAAGACACAGACUUCAGGUUGGAUUCGUCUGUCAGCAAGGAAGAAAGUGAAUGGUACCAUGGGAAUUCUGUGGCCACUUGGCUGUUCAUUUUUUUCUAAUUGAUAUGGAGCCCUGUCCUUCUGGAUUUAUGUGUAAGCUGUCAUGUACGACCCCGAAGAGCUCGUAACCCUGUUUCAUAACCACUUCCUUGGCUUACUUAGAUUUAAGGGUUCCAUUCCUUUCCUUUUGCAGAUACUAGAGUGCAGCUUUCUUUGUUCCAAGGAUUCAGCUUCCGUAUCAAUUCCAUAUCUGUCGGGAGGUGUGUUAGGCUGUCAAAGUGGCAAAUGAGGGGACACUGUGUGGGCAAAGUGAUCUAGUCUCCAAGAGGACCAUGAAGCUGGUGGACUAUUAAGUAAUAACAUUUGAAAUAAGACCAGAGAGAACUUCAUAAUCCAGAAAGGUAGAGGGUGAAGUCACUUAUCUUGUCAUCCCAUCCUAAAUGAUGGUUGUCACCACACAUGCCUAGUGGGCAUUCGGUAAGUGUGUGUAGAGUCCCUGGGGCACAUGUGGAGGCUGCUCAGCCUGGUCAGAAAGUGAGAUGCUUCUUAGCUUAAGGGUUAGUUUUUCAGCUGGGCCUGCCUCUCUGUUGCAUCCACUGUAGGCCCUCAUCACUCUCAGGAGCCAAGUCACCUCAGAAGUCUGAUUGGAAUAGACCUGAGCUGGAGUAAGAGGCAGGGAGGUCCCUUUGUCUUUACUAACAAUGAACAGAGCUCCAGAAGCAUUUCCUGUGCCCGCUGCACCUCCGUGUCUUUACAGCUGCAGACAAGCAGUGUGAGUUGGCCCAUAGGACUCCCUGUAGGAAUGUGCUAGAGCAGGUCUUUCAGGUACCAGAAGGAGCCUGCACUCUUGGGGCUCUGAUGCACAUAGUCUCAGUGGUAUUGAUGGGAAUGCCCCCUUCUCAUUACAGAUUGCAAACUGCAGUGCAGAGAAGGUCAAUGACUUGUCCAAGGUCAUGUAGCAUCCGUAUGGCAGCUCUGGGACUUCAGGGCAGUUUAUUUAGGCUCAUGUUUGCUCUAGCUUCACUUUCUCCAGUGCCAUCUGCUCUCAGUCUUGUCCCAGUUAUCAAAUAGUAUUAGAUGAAAAUCCCAGAUUCUUGCAAACGUAACCUCUGAACUCCAUGUCAAAGGCAAAGUUGCGUGCCCUACUAAGGGUCAUUCUGUCAGCCUGAUCAGGCAAAUACCUCUUCAAAAAAAAUUUUUUUAAUGUUUAUUUUUUGAGAGACAGCGUGAGUGGGGGAGGGGCAGAGAGAGAGGGAGACACAGACUCUGAAGCAGGCUCCAGGCUCUGAGCUCUCAGUGCAGAGCCC